AUGGGCGCGGCGACGAAAGCACCAACCACCAUCCUCAUCUUUGCAUCCGAGCCUGCUCUCCUCUCACCCCAUCUGCUCCCGCACCCACACGACACGACACACUUUUGGCAGCAAGAACCUUCUCGAACACAUCACCCAGCACCACUUCAGCUUCGAUUCGGUGCAGCAGCUCCUAUCCGACAAAUCCGUGCCUUGGCACCAGACUGCCCUCCAACCCUGCCGCUCUUUCAUCAAUCGCAUAGCCAAACUCGCACUCGUCAUGCUGCCGCUAUCGCUGCUGAAUGCAGCGCAGAACAAGCCGAUGGUAAGCGCAACCCCUUCGACCCUCUCGCCUUGGAUCACGCACUGAUUCUGGGGUUCACUUGGAUGCAGCUCGUCGAGCUCAAGAACGGCUCUACGUUCAACGGACAUCUUGUGGCAUGUGACAACUUUAUGAAUCUCACCCUUCGCGAGGUCUACGAAACCAGCGCCAGUGGCGAGCAAUUUUGGAAGCAAAAGGAAUGCUAUAUUCGUGGCAGCACAAUCAAGUACUGUCGGGUUGCAGACAGCGUGAUCGACCAGGUCAAGGAGACCGAGGAGGCUGCACGCAAGCAGCGCCAACAGGGCGGUGGCGGUCUGUCCGGUGGCGUCAGUCUAGGUGCACGCGGUGGUGGACGUGGAAACCACCGCGGCUCAAGGGGCGGUGGCCCAGACCGCGGAAGAGGUUCCGCAAGAGGCCGUGGAAGAGGCCAGUAA